CAGUGUGCUUCGCGCUCCGAGAGACAAUUGGCAUUAUACGUACACGGACUCGCAACAGGUCAGCAUGUCGUUUUUAGCUUGUUGCUUUCGACGGCGUAGCAGGUUCACGGAAGCCAGCCAGAAGCUCAUCGACGAGGUGCCCGACAUCAGCUGGGAGAACACCCUGGGGGCGCCGAACGGCGUGCCCUUCGACGAGGCGACCAAGGAUCUGUUGCGCGCCUGCAUCGACCAGAAGAUGCCGACGCCCACGACACUGACCGAGAUCAUCAAGCGCAGCGAGAACUUCCCCGUGCCCUUUCCCGUAAAUACCGUGCGAUCGUUUUCCCUGAGAAAUCGAGGCAUAGGCAUCGACAUUUUAGAGUUCAACGCCAACUCGGCUUAUCCGCUGAUACACGAGGCCACACUCCCACUGAUGGCCAACUGGCUGCGGCACAAGCGCCAGUACGGCAGCAAAGUGGAGCGGGCCCUCUACCGCGACAUGACCCUCAUGCAGCUGGUGCAGCGUCUGCUGGAGGCGCGCGCCAUGCAGUUCUACGGGCCGGACGAUCGCUACUGCCUGCUGGACGGACGCGCGGGCCACGGCGGCUGGGAGAACGUCGGCACGGAGCGCGAGAAGGAGCCCCUGGUGCUGGCCCACUGUCUGUCCUACGACGAGAUGAAGCUCUCGGCCAUGAUCGUCGUCUCGUCGCACACGGAAUUCAUCAACGACGGCUCGAGAGAGAACCGUGGCAUCGUCUGCGACGACCCGGACUCGAUACAGCACCGUGGCGUCAUCAUGAGCGUGGUCGGCGCGAGGUUUGAAAAAGCUCGCGUCAUGGAGUAUCAAGAUGUGCUCGUAUCGCAUUCGCAAAAUAGCGUCGAAAACGGGUACGGCACGUACGUGGAAAAUAUUCCGCAAGACAAGCACGAGCUGCGCAACGUGUGGGCGCGCUUCUACGGCCACGACUAUCAUCCGCUUUACGAGGAGGCCCUGAAGAGGGCCAAAGCCAAGGACAACAAGAGGUACGUCACUCUCACGGGACACGUGAUAUUCGACGCCGAGAAUUACAUGAAGCGAACCCUCAUGUCCGUCGAGAUGAUUCUGCUCGAGGCCAACACGAGGGCCGAGAAGCACAACACCACGGCUUUCUUGCACGUCGUGGGAUUCGGCUUGGAUGUCUGGAAAAUCAUGCACGAUCAGGAGAUCUAUUUUUUAAAGACCUUCGAGAUAGCUCUGCGCAAAAUGAACAAGAAGCUGAGGUACGUAUCGGACAUAAUGUUCUCGUACUUUCGCCACCAAAAGUGCGGCGGAGCUUCCAACGGGGAUUAUCUCGGAGAUAUCAGGAUACACUUUGCCUUGAGGGAGCCACAGACCAAACUAUUUCGCUCCAGCGACGCCAAUAAAUUGCUCGUCGUUACGUACGCCGCCGAUUCGAACUCGUAUCCAGGUAAUGAAUUUUGGGGCAAUUAUUUAACGGCGAGCGGCAAUCCGGCCGCCGCGUGCAGCACUCAGAUCUCCGAGCUGCACAAUCCGAGGAUAAACGUCCGCUGCAACGGUGCGAGUCUGCACGUCGCGUCGCCCGAGCACGGCAUUUUACACAUAGGAGAUUACGUUAAGCUUCACUUUACGUAGGAUCAAAUGAGCCCUCUGGGCACGGCCGACAACCAAUCGCGCAGACCGUCGCGCUCGCCGCGCAAUCAGCGCAGCCGCAGC